AUGACCUCUCGAGACAAGACUGCAGCAGAUAAGACCUCAGCAGAUAAGACCUCAGCAGAUAAGACCUCAGCAGAUGAGACCUCAGCAGAAAAUACCUCAGCAGAUAAGACCUCAGGCAAGACCCAUGGAGAUUUAACCACAAAAGGGAGCAUCAGGCAGAAUUUGGAGGCAGAUUCUCCCAGGUCAAAUCUAGGUGCGUCUGGAGCGGAAAGGGAACGAGAGGAUGCUUUGGCAGCGGAAUUGGUGGGAGGGGAAGGGGAGAGAGAGCAAAAGGAGAGAGGGGAAGGGGAGAACGAGCAAAGGGAGGGAGGGGAAGGGGAGAAGGAGCAAAGGGGAGAACAGGAGAGAACGGAGCAGGUGGGAGAAGAAGGGAAGAGAGAGGAUGCAGCAAAAGGAGGAAAAGGGAGAGGCGGGGAGGAGGAUGAAGUUCCUGGGGGGGAGGAAGUUACUAUGGCGGCAGAUGGUGGUGGGGUGGUGGUGACAGGCAAUGAUGUGGAAAGGAAAACAAUUGGUAGGGUCAGAAGAGAGGCGGAGAGGAGAGAAGGGGGAAAUGAGGGAGGGGAGAAAGAGGAAGGUGAGAAAGUGCGAGGGGAGAGAUCAGGAGAGGAGAUAGGGGGGAAAGAGGAGGGGGUGAAAUGUGCGGGAGAGAAAAAGUUAGGGGAGAAAGCGGGAAGGGAGAAAGUGGAUGGGGAGAAAGAGGAGGGCAAGAAAGAGAAAGAGGAAGGAGAGGAGGGAGGAGAGAAAAGGGAAGGAGAGAAAGAGGAAGGGAAGGUGGCGGAGGUUCAAUUAGAGAUCGAAGGAGAGGAGAGAAUAGAUAAAAAGAAAGAGGGGGAUAAGGAGUUGGGGGUAGGGGACCUAGCAGGGAAGGCAGGGAAAGUGGAAAGGGAGGUAGGAGAGGGAGGAGGGAAGGAGAGUAUUGAGGUGACAAGGGAGGAGGAAGUGAUACUACUGAAGCCGGAGGUUAUGUCUGGGGAGAAGAAAUCAAUCUUGAGGGAGGUAGGAGGAGAGUUGAAGCUAUGUUGA